GGAAAAUACGCAAAGCGCGUCGACGAAUGAUGACGUCACAACUGUGUCGCCACACACGAGGGCCACUGUAGCAUUCCGUCAGUGGAUCGUCAGGGAUUAAAUCAUUAUUUUCAAGCAUGCCGAAACAGAAAAAAAAGAAGUUUGCUGCAAUGAAACGGAUGAUCAGCUUGAAAGAUCAACGAGUAAAUGAGAAAGAUCGCCACAAAGCCAAAGAAAAGAAAAAGGAUCCUUCAGCGCUGAAGGAGAGAGAAGUCCCCAAGUAUGCAUCGUGUUUGUUCUUCCAAUACAACACUCAGCUCGGUCCACCGUACCACGUUCUAAUCGACACCAAUUUCAUCAACUUCUCCAUCAAGGCCAAACUGGACAUUGUUCAGUCCAUGAUGGACUGUCUGUAUGCCAAAUGUAUUCCGUAUAUAACCGACUGUGUGAUGGCUGAAAUUGAAAAACUUGGAAUGAAAUACAGAGUUGCGCUCAGGAUUGCAAAGGAUCCGAGAUUCGAGCGCUUGCCUUGUACACACGCGGGAACAUACGCUGAUGACUGUCUGGUCCAAAGGGUAACACAGCACAAGUGUUACAUCCUGGCUACUGUGGAUAGAGAUUUGAAGCGAAGGAUCAGGAAGAUCCCCGGAGUGCCCAUUAUGUACAUUUCAAAUCACAGGUACAACAUUGAAAGGAUGCCAGAUGACUACGGUGCACCAAGGUUUUAGUUAUACAUACAAAUGUGCAGUUGUAAAUAACCUUUCUUUUGUCUACAUUAAACUUUUUUGAGUAGUUUGAACUGCAAAAAAUUGUGUUUCUAUUAAAAAUGUGGAUCAUGCAGUUUCAAUAAAUUAUUUCAUGCAAUU